CUAGACAGACCUCAGACGCUGAAUUUUUUUUUUAUCAUAGGUUGAACUAAAUAAAAUAUUAAAUUUAAUCAUAAGUAUGCAAUUGAACCCAAGCGUAACGAUUGAACGCAAACGCGUCGAUUGCACUGCUUUGCCAAAGGGUUGGCAGCGUGAAGAAGUACGGAAAUCGGCGAAUAGCAGCAGCGCACCCAAUAAUAAUAACAACAAAGUGGAUGUCUUUUACUACAGUCCCACAGGCAAGCGAAUUGAAAGCAAACCGCAAUUAGCCCGUCAAUUGGGCAGCGAAAUGUUUGAUAUUGGAAAUUUUGAUUUCCAAUCGGGCAAAAUGGUGCAGCAGCAGCAGCAACGUUAUUUACCGUCGCCAUCUAUAUCGCUGUACCGUUGCAGUGCCAUGCCUCCACUACCCAGUGGACGAGGAUCUGCCAAUGCACUGAAACGAAAAUAUUCUAGAGGCCAGCCACAGGUCUUACAGGGAAUGGAUAAGGAUGUGGUCUUCGAAAAGGAUUUAGUUGGCCAAGCACCUGGCUGUACUGUCAUCACUGCAUCUAACUCUUCUUCAAAUCUGCGACAGCAGCAACAGCAACAACAUUUGGAACUCAGUCGUGCCCUACGCACAGAUGUCUCGUUGGUGCCGCCCAUACGACAGACUGCCUCCAUUUUCAAGCAACCCGUGACAGCAAUUAGAAAUCAUAACCAGGAAUCCAACAAAGUGAAACAUGAUGCCAAACACGGGGCACAGGAGAAACCGAAGCAAUUGUUUUGGGAGAAACGUUUAGAACGGUUGCGUGCUUGUCAUGACAAUGGCGAAGAGCUGGAUGACAUUACAUUGCCCAAAACCAUACGCACUGUGGGACCCAAUGUUAAUGAACAGACCGUUCUACAAUCAGUGGCCACUGCCCUGCAUAUGCUCAAUGCCGGCGUUCAUGGUCAGAGCUCAACCAAGGCUGAGUUAACCAAAAAUGCCAUGGCCUUUAUGAAUCCCGAGCAACCCCUGAUGCAUGCUGUAAUCAUCUCCGAAGAUGAUAUACGAAAGCAGGAGGAUCGGGUUAGUGUGGCAAGACGAAAACUGCAAGAUGCUCUAAAAACAUGAGAUGACAAUAUUAUUAUGCUAUCAGCUAAAUAAUUCAUCUAAUAUACCUAUUCCAUUGUAGUUUUUAACAUAUUCUCUCCUUUAACUAACUUAACAACCAGAUUUCGAAAUUUAGUUUAAGCUUAAUGUACGUAAUUAUAGGAUCAAAAAGAAAUACAAACAACUUGUGCAACCAACUA